UAAAAACCCCCAAAAUUCCCCCCCCCCCCCUCUUCUAAACAAACACUUAUCUCUCUUCACUUUUCAAAACAAACCGCCGGCGACUGCCUCCGCCAUUGUUCCCACCACACUCCGCCGUAUCUGCCCCCCACUUCUCUUCUCCUUCCUCCCACUGUUUCAAACUAGUCUAUUCUCAGUGUUCAUCACCUAAUCCUUCUUCUUUAUCUCAAUUAGUCUUUCCUCUGCAACUCACUUUACCGGCGCUCUGCCUUUUCUCUUCAACAAUCUUCGUAAGCUCCGGCGGUUUUUUUGUUUGAAUGUGCUUCUUUUCUGGCUUUUGCUGUUCUGUAGAAUUUUGGAAUUUCUCCCUUUUCUAAACAUUCUCUACAACCCUUUUCGUUUUCUACUUCUAGCAUCUUGUUUGUAUGUAUGCGACAUGUGUUUGAGUGAAACUAGCUUAGUUUCAGUAAUUUUAUUCUUAGUCUGAGCCAUUUUGAGGUCUCUGUGACUGUGGUUUUUUGUUCAGUACCUGUAUAUUUCCUGCUAUGGCUUCUUUGUGUUGGUUUUGUCUUCGGAGUUAAUCAACAAUGCGAGCAUUUUUGAAGAUGAAACGGCUGAUUGAGUUAUUCAUCUUGUUCGUUUUGGCUCCACUUUGUGCUCGAUGUGUAAACCUAUCUUUAAACGGCGACGUUUUGGGUCUGAUUGUGUUUAAAGCUGCUGUUCAAGAUCCCAAGCUGAAACUCGCGAGUUGGAACGAAGAUGACGAUAGUCCCUGCAAUUGGACUGGUGUUCAAUGUAGUCCCAGAUCCAAACGAGUCAUCGAGCUCAACCUCAAUGGCUUCUCUCUCUCUGGUCGGCUUGGCCGAGGGCUUUUCCAGUUGGAAUUUCUGCAGAGAUUAUCGCUCUCCAAUAACAAUCUUAGUGGAAAUAUAAGCCCUAAUUUUGCUCGAGUGGAGAAUCUUCAGAUGAUUGAUUUGAGUGGGAAUAACUUCUCCGGUGCUGUUUCGGAUGAUUUUUUUCGUCAAUGUAGGUCAUUGAGAGUCAUUUCUUUGGCUAACAACAAUUUUUCUGGAAAAAUUCCUGAUAGUUUGAGCUUUUGUGGGAGUCUUAUUUCAGUUAACUUUUCCUCAAAUCGGUUUUCGGGUUCUUUGCCUUCUGGAAUUUGGUCUAUCAGUGGGCUUCGAUCCUUGGACUUGUCUGAUAAUGCUCUGUCGGGUGAAAUUCCAAAGGUAAUUGAGAAUUUGUAUAAUCUGCGGACUCUUAACUUGAGCAAGAAUCGAUUCUCUGGAGAUAUUCCUGAUGGCAUUGGGAGCUGUUUGCUUCUGAGGUCCAUUGAUCUUAGUGAGAAUUCAUUCUCUGGGAAUCUUCCUCAGACCAUGCAGAAACUUGUUUUGUGUAGUAAUCUGAUUUUAGGCAGGAAUUUGUUUGAUGGAGAUAUUCCAGAGUGGAUAGGAGAAAUGAAAAGCCUUGAAACUAUUGACUUUUCAGGGAACAAUUUUACUGGUCGUAUUCCAGCUACAAUGGAGAAUCUUCAAUAUCUAAAAGUUUUGAAUCUCUCUUCAAAUGGCUUUACUGAUAGCUUUCCAGAAUCUGUUAUGAAGUGCCAAAGCCUUUUGGCAUUAGAUUUCAGUCAUAAUUUGAUCAUGGGUAAUCUUCCUGAGAUCGGAAGUUUACGCAAGCUGCAGAUUCUGAGCCUGUCUGGGAAUUAUUUUGUUGGUUCAAUUCCAGAAACUAUUGGAGAUUUGAAAGCUUUAAGCAUUCUUGAUUUGAGUGGAAAUCAGUUGAACGAAACCAUUCCUGUUGCAAUUGGAGGAGCUGUGUCCCUAAUUGAGCUGAAGCUGGAUGGAAAUUUUCUAGGGGGUGAAAUUCCCUUUUCAAUUGCUCAUUGUUCUUCCCUUACAACUCUGUUCGCAUCACACAAUAACUUAACGGGCCCAAUACCAGCAGCACUAGCUAAACUCUCUUAUCUUCAAAAUGUCGAUUUAUCCUUUAACAAUCUCAAUGGAACCCUUCCAAAGCAGUUGUCUAAUCUUCCAAACCUUCUUGUGUUCAAUAUAUCUCACAACGACUUUAAGGGUGAGCUGCCAGGUGGUGGAUUCUUUAACACAAUCUCCCCUUCGUCCGUUACUGGCAAUCCAUCCCUUUGUGGCUCUGUUGUUAACAAGUCUUGCCCUUCUGUCCUUCCGAAACCUAUUGUUCUUAAUCCCAACUCGACAUCAGAUUCCAUUUCCAGCUCACUGCCACCAAGUAAUAAUCACAAAAGAAAUAGAAAUAUCCUCAGCAUUUCUGCACUGGUUGCCAUUGGUGCCGCUGCUUUCAUAAUCAUUGGUGUAAUCUCGAUCACCAUUCUCAACCUUCGCGUUCAAUCACCCACGUCGUCUUCAUCUGCAGCUGCACUUGCAUUAUCUGUUGGGGAUGAUUUCAGUAAUUCCUCCAGUCCCGAUGAGAAUUCUGGAAAGCUUGUGGUGUUAUCAGGAGAACUUGACUUUAGCACAGGAGCUCAUGCCUUACUGAACAAGGAUUGUGAGCUUGGACGUGGUGGAUUUGGAGCAGUUUACCAUACUAUUCUGCGGGACGGACACUCAGUUGCAAUCAAGAAGCUUACAGUUUCUAGCCUUGUCAAGUCCCAAGAGGAUUUCGAGAGGGAAGUUAGGAAGUUUGGAAUUGUCAGGCACCAAAAUCUCGUGGCACUUGAAGGUUAUUAUUGGACUCCCUCACUACAACUCCUUAUAUACGAAUUUGUCUCCAGAGGUAGCUUGUAUAGGUUGCUCCAUGAAGCGUCGGAUGACAAUGUCCUGUCAUGGAAUGAGAGGUUUGACAUAAUUCUUGGGACAGCGAAAGGUCUUGCUCACUUACAUCAAUCAAACACAAUCCACUAUAACAUAAAAUCCAGCAACAUUCUUAUUGACUGUAAUGGUCAACCUAAGGUGGGAGAUUAUGGUCUAGCUAGAUUGCUGCCAAUGUUAGACCGUUAUGUUUUAAGUAGCAAGAUCCAAAGUGCUCUCGGUUACAUGGCACCCGAGUUUGCUUGCAGAACAGUAAAGAUAACCGAAAAAUGCGAUGUGUAUGGCUUCGGGAUAUUAAUUCUAGAGGUGGUUACAGGGAAAAGACCUGUUGAGUACAUGGAAGACGACGUUGCAGUCCUUAGCGACGUGGUCAGAGAAGCAGUGGAAGAAGGAAGAGCCGAAGAAUGUGUCGACAGGAAUCUGAGAGGGAGCUUUCCAAUCGAAGAGGCUGUCCCAGUGUUAAAAUUAGGCUUGAUAUGCACAUCCCAUGUGCCAUCAAACCGACCCGACAUGAGAGAAAUGGUUAAGAUAUUGGAGAUGAUCAAAUGUCCAUCAGAAUUACAAGAAGAAUUGGGAUAAAACUCAACCAAGAACACAACUGCGUAUUAACCCGGGACACGGUCACAUACCCGGUUCUUACGGUGAAAAAUAAUCCAGUGUGCUUUAUCUGAUGAUGCCAAUGGGCUUGUUUUUUUUUUUUUUUUUUUUUUUUUUUUUGGCUUAGUGUAAUUUUUUUUUGCUUGUUUCUUGUAAUUUUAUUUCCUUUUAAAAAGUCACUGGAUUCACUUUCACCAAGCUUCCUAUUUAGUUAUAUUUCUUCUCUUCCAUUAA